AUGGCGCGCCGCUACGAUUCGCGAACUACAACUUUCUCACCCGAGGGCCGCUUGUACCAGGUGGAGUAUGCUAUGGAGGCCAUCAACUUGGCUGGCUCGACCGUCGGUGUUCUUGCUGAGGAUGGCGUGGUCCUGGCAGGGGAGAAGAAGACCACUUCAAAGCUCUUAGACCAAGCGAAGCAACACGAGAAGCUUUUCCAGCUGGAUGAUGCCAUGUUCUGCGCAGUGGCAGGGCUCACCUCGGAUGCGAACAUCCUCAUCAACCGGCUUCGCCUGAGUGCUCAGCAGCACGCGUACUCCUUCUCCGAGCCGAUGCCCGUGGAGCAGCUGGUCACAUCCAUCUGCGACUACAAGCAGGGCUAUACCCAGUUCGGCGGCUUGCGGCCGUUCGGAGUGUCCUUCCUUGUAGCUGGCUAUGACGUCCACCACGGCUUUCAGCUCUACCACACCGACCCUUCGGGCAACUUCAGCGGCUGGAAGGGCUACGCCAUAGGUGUGAACAACAACACCGCCAUGCAGAUCAUGCGGCAGGACUGGAAGCCAGGUAUGAAGACGCAGGAGGCUUUGGAGCUCACAGCAAAGGUGCUAGUCAAGACAAUGGAUACGGCUUCGCCAACUGCCGACAGACUUGAAUUCGGAAUUGUAUACAAGACACCGGAGGGCCAAGUGAAGUUCCGCAUGCUGAAGGACGCCGAGAUCAACAAGCUCAUGGCUGAUGCUACACCAAAAGAAGGUGAGGAGGGUGCUCCAGCCUCCUCAUCCUGA